AAUGGAUGAACCAUAGGUAGUAAAAAUAAUAGUUGUUGGUGAAUCAUAUGCAGGGAAGACAUCAUUAUUAUAAUAAUACUGUUUUAAUGAAUUUGAUCAUAAUCAUUGUGCAACAAUUGGUUGUGAUUUCACUUUAAAGUUGAUAACAAAAAAUGGUACAAAAUUGAAGUUAUAGAUUUGGGAUGUGGCUGGUAUGAUUAAAUAUAAAUUGAUAGGAUAGGAGAGAUUUUAGAAUUUAUCAAAAAUGUUUAUACGAUAAGCAAAGGGUUGUUUAAUAAUGUGCGAUAUUACGAAUAAGAAAUCUUUGGAAGCAGCUUUGUCUUGGCGAAAUGUUGUUAAAGAUAUUGCAGAUGACGUUCCUAUAUUCUUAAUUUAAAAUAAAACAGAUUUAUUGUAAGGAGAGAGAGAAGAAUACUAAACAGAAGAAUAUUUAAAUCAAUUCGCACAACAAAACAAUUUUACUCGUAGUUACUAAAUUAGUGUGAAAUUGAAUGAUAAAGUGGAAUUAAUAUUUUACGAGCUUGUUGAAGUCAUGAUAGAGAAAGGAGUGAUUAAAUUAGAAGAAAGUAUAAUAAAGAGGUAUGAAUAUUAACGUAUGAAAGUUCUUUUGUAAUUAAAAAUGAUCAUAAUGAUCGCCAUAAAUCAAAGAAAAAAGAAUGUUGUUGA